UCAUAUAUGAUAUUUGUCUCAUCCUAUCUGUACAUCUCUCUCUCUCUCUCACACACACACACACACACACACCACAUAGCUUCUUCUGUCUACGCCUCUCUUCUCAUCUUCUCUGUAAAACACUUUUGCUGUGAUUUCUUGAUGUGGUUGAAGUAGUGGUAGCUGAAUCGGAGAUUCACAAAGCAUCUGCUUCAUUUGUCUCAUCUCUUUCUCUCUAAAACACUUUAUCUCUCUAAAACUGUGCUUCGCUGUGAUUCUGGAUUCUGACUUGAAAGCUUUCAGUCGUAUGUAUCAUUUUCAAUUUUUUUUGUAGUGUUUUUGCUUCAGAAAACAAUUUUUUUAUUUGUUUUCUUCAUGUUAAAAACCAUGUGGCUCUUAUCAGUUUGAAUUUUUGACAUAUUUUCUCUCUCUCUCGGUUGAGGUUAAGUGAUGGUGUAUUAUAAAAAUUAAUUUAUUUUCUAAAUUCGAACGGGUUUGAAUUUUGAAACACGAAUCGUCAAAGCUUUGCUGGCUGUACCAUAAAAGUUACCGUUUCUCUUUCCUUCUGAAUUUUUUGGUGUUCGAAUUAAAUGCGUCGGUAACGUGUUCACAUGCAGAUUGAUAAGCGGAUAGCUUUCACUGUAAGGUCGUAGAAAGCUCGCUUUAGCUAGGGCUUGAUACAGUGUAUGUACUCAGUAUCAGAUCCUUGGACCCGCCUAAAUUAUAGUCAACUUGGAUUUAGAUUAGGCCAGUGAUGUCGUCAUCGCCGGUGAGAGAGAUUGAUCCGUUGUUGAAGGACUGAGUGACAAAAAGCAGAGCUUCCGUCGGAACGUGGUGUCGCUGGCGGCGGAGCUCAAGGACGUUAGAAGCCGUCUUGCAUCGCAGGAGCAGUCAUUUGCUCGUGAAACCCUAACUAGACAGGAAGCAGAGACCAAAGCGAAGAACAUGGAAGAAGAGAUUUCAAAAUUGCAGAAGAGCUUAGAGGAGAGGAACGAGCAGGUUCAAACUGCAGCAUCAUAUGCAGAAAAGUACCUCAAUGAUUUGGAUUAUCUUAGAUCACAGCUGUCAGCCACUCAAGCAACUGCAGAUGCGAGUGCUGUAUCAGCUCAGUCUGCACAACUUCAGUGUUUGGCACUGUUAAAGGAAUUAGAUGAGAAAAAUAGUUCACUAAAAGAGCAUGAGCUUCGUGUAAAUAGGAUGGGAGAACAAUUAGAUCUUUUGCAAAAGGAUCUACAUUUAAGGGAAUUUUCCCAGAAGCAACUAAAAGAUGAAGUCUUAAGAAUUGAGCAUGAUAUAAUGGAAGCGUUAGCGAAAGCUGGAGCAAGCAAAGAUUGUGAGCUGAGAAAGAUACUAGAUGAGGUUUCCCCAAGGAAUUUUGAGAAGAUGAAUAAGCUUCUGACUGCUAAGGACGAUGAAAUAGCUAAGCUGAGAGAUGAAAUCAGGAUUAUGUCUGCUCACUGGAAGCUUAAAACUAAGGAAUUGGAAUCACAGCUGGAGAAGCAUCGGAGGGCUGAUCAGGAGUUGAAAAAAAGGGUUUUAAAGUUAGAGUUCUGUCUCCAGGAAGCCCGUGCUCAAACACGCAAGCUCCAAAGGAUGGGUGAACGACGAGACAAAGCACUGAAGGAACUCAGAGAUCAGUUAGCAACAAAGCAACAGGAUGGAUUUGUUGGUCUUGAGAAGCAAAAUUUCUGGGAAAGCUCUCGGUUUAAGAUUGUGGUUUCCAUGUCGAUGUUGAUCCUAGUAUUGUUUUCAAAGCGGUAAUGAUACUGUGUUAUUUUAGGUUAUUGUAUAAAAACCCCUGGAUACCUAGACGUCAACUUUAGGAGAUUAGAGACAGUUGUAGAUGCUAGAUGCUAGGGGUGUUUUACAUUUUUUAUGUCACAGCUGCAACCCUCUUUUUGUUGGUACGAUUAUUAAAAUUGAUCCUGGUGGUUGCUGUCGUGUGUCUACUAUUUUGAAUUGAAAUCAUUGAAAUGCAUACCUUAAUUAUGUAAAUUUGUUUAUUCCUGUCUGUAGUUGGUGGUAUUCAAAGCA